UUUUGCGCAUGCGCCAGCCUCCUCUCGGCAAGGGGCAGAAUCUGUAGGGGCUGUGGGCGGGGCUUCUGACGCCUGCGCACUGGACCUCUGUUGUCCGCCUCCGAACUUCCCGGUCUUUGGGCCUAAUUGCCCCUACGUCUGGUGCCGCAUCGGUACGACUCAUGUCCGGACCGGUCUGACCGGCCCCGUGCAGGCCACUCUGGUCAGCUGGCCUCUGUGCCGUGUCUGAUUUGAUCCCGCCCUUCCUGGGGGUGCACUCCGAGCGCCAAGGACUAGGGGUGCGUGUCCAGGCCGCACCCUACUGUCCCGGUUGCCCCAAGCGGAGCUCACCGUGCCAGGCCCAAACCCAAGACCCCAGUGCUCACAUCCACCCCCCCACAUACAGCGACCCUGUACGGCAGGUGCUAUGUGCCCCCUCACAGAUGGAGGGGAUGCAAGGGCCAAGGAUGGGGACGCUGAGGGAUCGGGGGCUUGUGGCCCACGAGGCCACCAACCAGAGGGAAACUAGUUUAAGAAAUGAGCUAGAAACGUCACUUGUGUAUGAAGCCCAUGUCGCCAAUCGUAAGAUAAGUAAGUUUUAUCAGCAAAGGUGUGUAAACCAAGCAUUUCUUAUCAGUUAAAAAAACCAGCAAACCUCCAAGCCGUGUGUUCGCAAACAUCUUGGUCUCUGCCUGCGGGGUAGAGGCUUGGGUCACAGUGAGGACCUCUGCUCUCUGCUUCGAAGCAGAGGCUCUGAGACGUGUGAGUAAUGGCUGGGCCCCCAGACCACCUGCAGGCCUGACCCCAGACUCGCCUCCUGUCCUGCCUUCUGGUGAGCUGCAGGUCCCUGGAGGGCCAGGACAUGCCCCAGAUGCGUUGAGGCUGAAUCACCCAGGCUGGCAAUGUCCCUGGGAGGCCAGGCUGCAGUCAACACCCAUCCAAAAAAGGAACGGUGGGUGGCCGCUGUGCUCCAGGAGCUGGGGCCUCCUGGGAUCCUGGGAACCCCAUCUUUGAGCCCCGCCCCUCCCCAGGAGGGAAAAGGCAGCUGCCAGUCGCUCAGCUCACAGGCACUGGGACCUGGCCCAGAGAACAAGACAGCUUGCUGCCGUCACCACUUCAGGCCAAGCCAUGGACCCCCCUGAGAUGCUCGUCAAGGACCCGUAUGCCCAUGUCAGCAUCCCGAGGGCUCACCUGCGGCCCAAGCUGGGGCAGCAGCUGGAGGCGGCUCCAUCCUCCUUGGAGUCUCAGCCCCUGCCCGUGGGGUCCUGCACCCUGGAGCCUACCGAGGAGGCCCCAGGACCCAAGGGUGCCAAGGGGGCUGCCUCCAUCCAGGGCCAGCAGGCCUGGCAGCAGCCCUGCACCCCCUAUGGCAGUGGGCAGCGCCAGGCAGGACUGACCUACGCUGGCCUGCCGCCGAUGGGGUGUGGCGGCAACACUGCCCAUCACUGCUGGUGCUGUGUCAUUUCCUAG